GAAGUGACGUCCGGCUGCGGGGAAUUGCGCGGGCUGCCGCCUGUGUUUGAAGCGUUGGUUUUCGUCGGUGAAAGUUGGAGUUUGAAGUAAAAUCUCGGAACGGAAUGGACGCGGCUCUUCUCCGCUCGGCGCGAAGCUUUCUGGCCUUCUUAGUUGGACUUUGUGACCAAGGAAAGGAAGGACCGUUAAAGGAUCCUGUGCUGUUUGAGGAUGAUGUUCAAGUGCACAUUGUAGAUGAAGUGAAUAAAAGUCCCUUGCGUGCAUUCUGGAAGGAGAAUGCAUCGGUGUUUAUAGCAGAAAGGGCACCAUCUAAAGAGGAUGAGGACCACAUGGAAGACUCUUUUGAUAAUGAAACCAGCAAGACAACAUCCAGCAAGUUAGAGGAUGUGGGCCCAUUGCCUCUUUCAGUUAUGAAAGCAAGACAGUUAGUGUCCUGGUACACCUUGGCCCAUAAUCCUCACAUGUCGCAGAUGAUCAGCUGCAGCGUACCUACUGCGUUUCCUCUGCUGUGGGUUAGAUGUGAUGGCUCUGACUCCGAAGGCACUGUUUGGUUUGGAGCUGAACCCGUUAAAACUGGGAAAGAGUUUACGUCAAUGGUUUUCCAUAUAGUCACGUGCUCUGGACCGAUUGUUGACAAGAGCAGUUUCACAACCUUAGAAAGUUUGAAAAUUGCCCACAAGGACAGACAUCUUUGUUCUGCUAUAUUGACCAAAGGCUAUGCGUGCUAUGACUUGUUUGGUGCCUCCAUGUUGGAGAAUACUAUCAUGGAGCCGCAGAGUAACAUUAUGGUGGAUUUCUCUUGGAACAGCGUGGAGAAAAUCUUAGAAACCCCCCCGCUUACAUCGGUUGCCACCUUGAAUAUCAAAGUGGAACCUGGAGACCCAAAAAGCCCUGUCUUUCAAAUAUACAAGGAGCUAGAAUUUCUCCUGGUUUUAGCAGAAGGAUUGAAAACGGGUGAAACUGAGUGGCCGGAGGUUCUGGAGGAAAAAUCUGCAGUUGAAGUGUGCAAGAAAGUACCUAAAGAACCAAACCACUGUCUCUCAACAUCAGCAAAGAGAAUUGACACAGAGAAAUUGAAAAGUGAUGCAGCUGCUAUUGAAUCAACCAUCCAUUCGUCAUUUGCUCCUGAACGUGGAGAUCUUGACUUUGCAGAGCAGCUCUGGACUAGAAUGAGGAAAACUGUUUCUUCAUACCGAGAUGUGGUAGAUUGCUUAACACUAGUUAUCCAACACUUAAGAUGCAAGGAUAUUCAACCAUGGAUUCAUCGGAGUAGCAACAGUUCUCUCAGCAAACUAAUCCAGCAGUCUUACCAAAGCGCUAUGCCUGCUGUCUCAGUUAAUGGACUAACUGCUAUCCGAAUGCUUUUGGAGAUAGGUCUGGAUAAAUUGCAGAGAGAUUACAUAAACUAUUUUAUAGGUCAAGAACUCACUACUUUGAAUUACUUGGAUUACUUUAUAAAUUCCACUGUAAAUCUAGAAGACCAGAUGCUCCGUCUUCAUAAACUUCAUCACAUGCUCGAGCUGGUAGUGAGUUGCAGUGCCUUUCUCAAUUUGAGCCAUGAGAGUCUCUUUGCAUUGACACAGUCCUGCUCUAGAUACUACAAAGAUAAUCCACUGGAUGAACAACAUGUUUUCCAGUUGCCAAUCAGACCCAUGGCAAUCAAUGCUUUCUAUGAGAAUGAAAAUCCCAUCAUGUGGAGAAUGGAGAUUAUUAGUGGCCAUGGGCAGAAGGAAUUAAAGACAAUUUGGCAGCUGAACACCAGGCCACCGGUGGAUCAUAUGACAUUUACUACCCCAGAUCUGCCAGUUGAUGAUGCAACUGUGAGCAGUGAUUGCGAGGAGACAUUUUAUUACAACACAGUGAUUAGCUGUAGUCAAGCGCAUUUCAUGUAA